GGAGAGACAGCAGCAGCAGCGGAGAGCUAGGGCAGCAGAGGCCAGCUAGGCAUUCGCAAGCGAAGCCGCAGCUUCAACAGUCAUGGCAACUGCUGCGCAACAGAGUUCCCAGGCCAGCAGUUCAGGGACCGUAGGGUCAACAGCUGUGUAGACCCUGAGUCAGUCCACUGGCGUUAUGGCAAGCCAGCCUAUAGUGUUGACUCCCGAUGAGGUCGCCAUACAGCAGGCAGCACUGCAAGAGGCGCAGCUACAGAAGGCUCUAGGAAAGAUAAAGGCGAAGAAAGAAAGAAUGAUGAGAAGAAGAGCAAGGAUGCCGCGGAGACAAGCGGACGUUAGUGAGUUAGAGGGUAUGGACCUGAAGCACAUGGAUGCAGAUGUGAGGACGUUGCGGACAGUCCUGCUGGGUGUAGUAGAAAUGCAGGACCACCAUACGGCUCUCCUUCAGGACAUUCAGCAGAGUCUGGUCGUUCUGGUUGGGCGAGCACAGGCAGGUCCAUUGCCGUCCGGGCCCGGUGCCUGGCCCGUUGUACAUCCUCCUCCUUUCGUCCCACCGGUGACUGGAGUAUCCCCAUAUGUUUCUCCAGCAUCAGGUCAAGCCGUUUCCCUAGGUAUGCCGCUGACAAGAGGGUUCUCAACAGGUCCUAGUGUACAGAUUCUUGUACAGACAGUGUACUGCCAACCUCCGUCGCAGGUUGCCGUGACUGGGCAGCCUGCUAUCUCGCAGCCUGCACAGUCGCAGGGCACACAACCCCAACAGCAGCUAGUGCAGCAGCCUGUUCCCCAAGGUCCACAGCCUGGAGUGGGACAGGUACCGAGACAACAGUGGGUUCCAAAGACGGCCAUCGCCUCUCCCAAACCAUUUUCAAGGGACAAGAGGGGCGAAGACCUCGACACAUGGUUGAGGUCAGUGCCUGUCUAUGUCAAGUGUAAACUGACCUUGUCGCACGAGGAAGUGCUUGUGGCUGCCUCCUAUUUAGAGGGGAGUGCAGCAAGAUGGUUGAGUGGUUCAGUACAACUUCAGGGAUACGGUCAUGACUUCUGCGCUUGGGCGGUCAACCAGAAAUUGGAUGACUUCCUUAAGCUGAUGAAAGACAGGUGGCAUGAUCCUCAGGAGGCUCAAAAAGUCACUGAUGCGAUCCUGACUCUGAACCAUAAACAAUUCAAGUCAGUCAGAGAUGUCACAGACGCAGUAGAGCGUCUGAUCUGUGUCUCUGGGGUGCGCUAUAACCCCCAAGUUUUACUCACCUCCUACCAGAGAUGUUUUCCUAUACCUCUAAGGAAUCAGUUGGCAGGUGAGGCCAACAUCAAUAUGCACAACUUCCCCUCGUUCCGCAAGAAGGCCCUAGACCUAGAGGCAAAGAUAGGGCAUGGACAAACACCCACAACGGAUGGUAGGAAAAAGUCACUGCCUCCUAACUGGAAGGCGAAGGGCCGCAUUAUGUUCGUCGACAACGAUGGUUCUACCAUCGAGUUGGAAGACGACUUCCAGGCGGGAGUGGGUUCAGAGGCGGGCAGCGUAGAAGCUUCAGGAGGUGGAGUAGUCGCUGCCUUGGUCCAAAAAGAAAGGUGACCGGUAGAUGCCGUGGAGGUUCCCGGCCUAGGCGUGAAGUCGACCCAAAUGCUCCUCCAUGGGAGAAAGCGGGUCUAACUGAGGACGUGUGGAGAGACCAGUACACCCGACAGGCUUGUAUCCGUUGUGGCCAAUACGGCCAUAAUCAGUUCACGUGCCGUAACAAAAAGGUGACCGAGAA